AAGUGGGCCGGCUCGCCCGCAAGCGUUCCAGACGUUGCCCCCGUGUGUGUGUAUAGACGGUGUACUGCAGUCCACCCGAAAAAGCGCUGCCUUUGUGUAUGUGUGUAUAAACCAGUUGGUGGCGGCGUGGGUCGGUCGUGCUGAACGUGUGCUUCCCGCGUCAUCGUGAACAAGUCGAGAAGUCUGGUUCUCUUGUCCGGCGACACUCCGUACGCAACCCGCUGUCAGUUCGCUUCGUGCGCGUGCGACCAGUGGAGACCAGUUGUCUGUUUGUUGUGUGGUGGAGAGAGAGUCCGAGGUGCCGUGUAGAUGGAAGACAAAAUGGACGAUUCAGAUCUUGCUCUCGAGCAGGCCCUCACCAAGAUAGACUCGGGAGACGACCUGACCAGCGGCAGCGACCGCGAGACGGAGGAGACGCCCGCGCCCGUCGUCGUACGCCGGGUGCCGAACGGGGAGACGGGUGUGCUGAGCGGCGGCAGCUUCCAGGAAGAAAGUCCCGAGCGAGUCCUGGAGGACGGAGGGAGUGGUGGAGGAGGUGGAAGCGGCGCGGGAGAACAGCAGCGAGCCGCGGUGGACGCGGGGCAGUCCGAUCUUCUACACAUCCCGCGCUCGCAGGUGACGCUGGACAUGGUAUUCCGCGACUACAAGCUAUUCACCAUGUUUCGGCGGUUUCUCAAAGACCAGUGCAUUCUGAGGAACCUCAACUUCUGGCUGGCCUGCAAGCACUACCACGAGCUGCCUCGAGAAAAACUGUUCAACGUCGCCGAAGCCAUCUACGCCAAGUACAUCAAGAUGACAGCGCCGCAGCUAGUCCAAGUCAAACAGAACACCAAACGCACCAUCAAGAGCAUUCUCGGCCUCAACCCCAAGACUCUGUCAAACUCACUCUUCAAGCCGGCCCAGAACGAAGUGUGGGACAUAAUGACGCAGAACGAACUGCGGCAGUUUCUCGCUUCCGACGUGUUUGGGGAGAUGUUUGGGGAAUUGGAUGACUCCAUGAGUAUGGAGCUUGCCUUCACGCCGGUUGGUGGGAUCCUGCGUGGUGCCUCUCCUAUGAUGCACCAGUCCAGCUCUGAGGACUCUGUCUCUGUCACUAGCUGUUCAACUGAUGGCGGUGGAAGUGAGUUGGGAAGGUCUCGAGGUCAUCGACUGAGACUCCCCUACCACAGGAGUCACCGGGCCUGUAGUUCAGACACUGAGACCAAGAAUUUUCGGAGUCACCACGUGGCGGGGCCGCUGGCAAAGAAAGAUAAACCGGUGACGAGAGAAGAUUUCGUGGCCAUGGUCAGCGAGAGACUAAUGGCGGUGGCAAAGGACAGGGAGACCAUGAAAAAGAGGGCCCAAGACCAGGCCAGACAACAGGGAAAGUCCUACGAAGAAAUCAUGGCCAUCGACUGGUACGACCUCCCGAACUCUAUCAAAUACGACAGGUUCCUCGACUCCGCCCCUCCUCCCAUGGUCAGUGGAGACUCGCCCCGUGGCGGCGACCUUUCACCUCUGCACAGCCCCAGUCUCGCACCCUACGCGAACCCUCAGUCCAAACUGGCAAUAGAGCAGGGUCAACUUGCGCAGCAUGAGAUCCAAGACGCCCUCAAGGACCUCGAGAUCACCAAUCAGGUCAGCCGGAAUCGGAGACAUCUCGGGCACCCCAAAUCCUCCAGCACUGCGUCGUCGAUUCUCUCGUACACGUCUGACUCCGGGGUGGGUGACUCCGUCCAGUGGGGUACCACGCCAUCGAGCAUGGUGGCGUCCAGUCGGCACGUGCAGCGGUUCGUGGAGGGGCAGAAUCUGCUACUCAGCAAGACACCUCAGAGGGAUAUUGCAGCUAAGGCAGCAGCUAUUACUCUAAUCAACAGCUCUCCUCACGCGGAGGAUCUGUCGCACUGUCGUGUCCAAUCGCUCAGCGGUCGCCAUCGGUUACCGCCACACCAGCUACACACGCGAACGGCCAAUUACCCGGGGGCUUACUCGAGCGACGACAGCGGGUCGUUUAUCACAAUCACGAGUGAGUCCGACCUCUUCAUCCCGAGACGAUUUUCUGCCGCCAACUACUCCGAAUCAGAUGAACCUCAUCAUUUCCCGAGCAGGAUGCCUCAUCGACAGUUGAGCCGGCCCAGACGCACCGGAUUCAAAAUGCACCAAACUCCGCCCAUCGUCGAGCCAAGCCACACACCCACGUCGCACUCGCAGAUGCCCCGCCCGGCUGCUCCGCCCCAGCAAGCAGCCGGUAUCCUGGUUGUAUACGAUAUUGUGGAGAUGCCGGCGCAGGAUUCGAAGAGGACUCCGUUUAUAAAGAAACACCACUCGAGUACCGUCACUCUCGGAGAAUUCAAGGAGAAGAUAUUCAACAGAAAGGGAGAAUACAGAUUCUUCUUCAAGACAGUGUACGAAGGAAUUGAGGGGCCACUAAUGGAGGAGAUAUCAGACGAGGAGACCGUCCUCCCACAGUUCGAAGGUCGCAUCAUCGCCAGAGUGGAGUCCGUAGUAUAGCCACGCCCCUUUCUCCACCCCCAUCUUCUCUUUGUCUCUCUCUUCCACAAGAUACCACCCCAGGAUUUAACCUCUGACCCCACCAGAACUGGAACGAAACUUUCACCAGGAGACAAUUGCCGUAUUUAUUGUCAGGGGCCCUUGCAAUUUCUCACCUUCGCUUUUUUCCCUGAGUCAAAAUUAUUCAUCUUUCUCUGUACUUUUUCUUUAUAAUUUUUAAUGAAUGUUACUUGGCUCGUCUUGUCUUGCUUUGUAUAAUCAAUUAUGACAUUUUCUUUUGUUUGCCGUUUGUUUAUUUGUUGUUUUGUUUGUUUGUUUGUUGUCUGGCACAGAGUCACCAGCACCUACCCCAUCUCAUCAGAUUGUUUCAAUUUCUUAUUUAUAUUAUACCUACAUACGUACUAUUGAUAUGACUGUGAAUAACACUUGUCAAAUGUCAACGUAGACACAAAACGAUUUGCAACACAGAUGUAUACGCUUCCAAAUUCACAACUGACAGAAUGACUACCUAUAUAUACACAACCUUACAAUAGUAGCAUGGGGUGGGAAAGGUUUCAAGAGAGAACUGUUUUGAUUCAGUUGCAAGUAAAAAUUCUUUAUUAUACAGAAUUGUCCACAAAUUUACCGCGAAGACUUAAGGAAAAGGCCCUAAAGCUUUGUGCAAAACUAUAAUUAUAUUGCUUAAGGAUCCUCUGAAUAGAUCAGAGCAUAGCUGAGAUGAGUAGGUUUUGUCCUGUGAGAGAUGGUUUGGAAGAGUGAUUGGGUAGUCCUGUGAGAGAUGGUUUGGAAGAGUGAUUGGGUUUGGUCUCUAGUCAGAUUUGUAGGGCUGUCUGUUAG